AUGUAUAAAGUCAUUAUAUGCAUCUUCUUUUCUGUAUUAGGAGCAAAGUGUCCUCAGUCUCAGUCUCCUGCUCCAGUUCCAAGCUGUCCAGCUGCUCUGAAAACUUUGUCCCUCCUUUCUUCUGAUUCCCAGAAGCGUUCCCACUUCACACAAAACAAGGUUGAGCGCAGUGAACUCAAACCACAAAAAAAGCACCCAAAAUGCUGUGCCCGUGGCAGUUUGUGUUCAAGCCUCGUGCUGCCAAGAGCCAGUCCCCCAAAGAGAAGGACAUCAACAACAACGUGGAGAGAAAUAGGAAGAUCCAUGGCUCUGAAAAGGAUGAUGCCAAAUUGCAGGAUGCAGACAAGAAGCAGAUGGAGAUUCCACCUAUGGUAACUUUGGCAAAGGCUGCUGAGGGAGGAGAGAAUCUCCCUCAAAAUGGCAUCAAAGUUUCAAACCAAAUAUCAGGRUGUCCAAGACAUGUAAGAGUAAGAAACUUGGAAAAUGGAUCCAGCUUUCUUGACACACUACACCUGACAGCAAAAGAGGUUAUCAACUGUCGGGCCAAAGCCUGCCAAGGGUCUCUCAUGACCCCAAAGGGGCUGGUGAGAGGUACCAGAGAUGGGCCAGUUCCACUGGAAGAGCUUUUACCUCAGGCAAUAGACUUCAUCAAACAAUACUACAGUUCAUUUAAAGAGCCAAAAAUCAAAGAGCAGCUGGACCGACUGGAAGCAGUGACCAAGGAGAUAGAAAGGACAGGAACGUAUCAACUGACCAAGGAUGAGCUGAUCUUUGCUGCCAAGCAGGCCUGGAGAAAUGCACCCCGGUGCAUUGGGAGGAUCCAGUGGUCCAAUCUGCAGGUGUUUGAUGCACGGGAYUGUAAAACAGCCAAGGAAAUGUUUGAGCAUAUGUGCCGUCAUAUUCAGUAUUCCACAAACAAUGGAAAUUUAAGAUCUGCCAUCACGGUGUUCCCGCAGAGGACGGAUGGACAGCACGAUUUCCGCGUGUGGAACAGCCAGCUGAUCCGCUAUGCUGGGUACCAAAUGCCAGAUGGCUCCAUUUUUGGGGACCCUGCCAAUGUGGAGUUCACACAGUUGUGCAUUGAUCUGGGGUGGAAGCCGAAAUAUGGCCGCUUUGAUGUACUUCCACUUGUUCUGCAAGCAAACGGCCAAGACCCAGAAAUAUUUGAAAUACCUCCAGAAAUURUCCUCCAAGUGCCAAUGGAGCAUCCAAAGUACGAGUGGUUCAAGGAGCUGGAUCUGAGGUGGUACGCGCUGCCUGCGGUGGCCAACAUGCUGCUGGAGGUGGGAGGGCUGGAAUUCACUGCCUGYCCCUUCAAUGGUUGGUACAUGGGGACAGAAAUUGGAGUGAGGGACUUCUGUGACGUGCASCGCUACAAUAUCCUGAAGGAAGUAGGGAGGAGGAUGGGUCUGGAAACAAAUAAACUGUCSUCGUUGUGGAAGGACCAAGCAGUUGUAGAGAUCAAUGUGGCUGUGCUUCACAGCUUCCAGAAGCAGAAUGUGACCAUCAUGGAUCACCACUCGGCCGCUGAGUCCUUCAUGAAGUACAUGCAGAGCGAGUACCGCGCGCGGGGCGGCUGUCCCGCAGACUGGCUCUGGAUUGUGCCUCCCAUGUCAGGCAGCAUCACCCCUGUGUUCCACCAGGAGAUGCUGAACUAUGUCCUCAGUCCCUUCUAUUACUACCAGGUGGAUGCAUGGAAAACACAUGUAUGGCAUGAUGAAACCCACAGGCCAAAGAAAAAAGAAAUAAAGUUUAGCAUCUUGGCAAAGGCUGCACUCUUCACAUCGUCCCUGAUGCGAGGAGCAAUGGCCACCAGGACCAAGGUCACCGUGAUUUACGCGACAGAGACGGGCAAAUCAGAGACCCUCGCCAACAAUCUGAGCAGCCUCUUCAACUGUGCCUUCAGCACCAAGGUUCUGUGCAUGGAUGAUUACAAUAUCCAUGACCUGGAAAAUGAAACACUUCUUUUAGUGGUUACCAGCACUUUUGGAAAUGGAGAYUCUCCAGGGAACGGAAAGACCUUGAAGGACUCCUUGCUCAGACUGAAACUGCUGAGAAAAAAAAUUAGAUAUGCUGUGUUUGGUCUGGGCUCCAGCAUGUACCCAGAAUUCUGUGCCUUUGCUCACACCAUUGACCAAAAAUUGGCCCAACUUGGGGCCUCCCAGCUCGUUCCAGUGGGGGAAGGGGAUGAACUCAAUGGGCAGGAGGAAGCUUUCCGCAGCUGGGCAGUCAGUGCUUUCAAGACUGCCUGUGACAUUUUCAAUGUCCGUGGGAGACACAGUAUUCAGCUGCCUGAGGUCUACACCUCUGAGGAAAGCUGGGACCCAAACAGGUACAGGAUAGUGCCUGACUCUCAGCCCAUGGACCUGAACAAAGCUCUUGCAAGCAUUCAUUCCAAAGAURUAAUUCCCAUGAAGCUGAAAUUCAGGCAGAAUCUUCAAAGUUCAAAGUCCAGUCGUGUCACCAUUCUGGUUAAACUUCGCUGUGAGACUGAUCAGGAAGUGCAUUACCUUCCUGGAGAACACAUUGGGAUUUUUCCAGGCAAUCACCCAGAAUUAGUGCGUGGAAUUAUUGCUCGUGUCAAGGACGCCCCUGCAGCUGAUCAGAUUGUCAGGCUUGAAACCUGCAUUGAUGGUGGCUACUGGACAAGUCACAAGAAGAUUCCAGCCUGCACUCUCACUGAGGCUCUGACAUAUCUGCUUGACAUCACCACUCCACCCUCCCAACAACUGCUGAGAAAACUCUSCCAGCUGGUGACCAAGGAAGGAGACAAACAGAGGCUGCAAAUGUUGUGUCAGAGCACAGAAGAAUACAAUAAAUGGAAGUUUUACAACAGCCCAAAUCUCCUGGAGGUGCUGGAGGAGUUUCCCUCUGCUGAGGUGACCACAGCUUUCCUGCUGACCCAGCUGCCAUUUUUGAAGCCCAGGUAUUAUUCUGUYAGCUCCUCCUGUGACAUGACACCCAAAGAGAUUCACCUGACAGUUGCAGUUGUAAACUACAGGACAAGAGAUGGAGAAGGGCCUUUCCACCAUGGAGUCUGCAGCACGUGGCUGAACACGAUAGAGCUCAAUGAAACCAUUCCCUGCUUCGUCCGCAGUGCUAAAGAGUUCCACCUGCCUGCAGAGCCAGCCAAGCCCUGCAUUCUGAUCGGGGCAGGCACAGGGAUUGCCCCMUUCAGGAGCUUCUGGCUGCAGCGUCUCUAUGAGCAGGAAAACAGAGGGCUCAGGGCAGGGGACAUGACGUUGCUGUUYGGCUGUCGGCAGCCAGAGCUGGAUCACAUCUACCGAGAGGAAGUGGAGGAGAUGAAGAGGAAGGGGGUCCUGAAAAAUGUCUACACAGCUUACUCCAGACUGCCUGGCCAAGCUAAGGUGUAUGUCCAGGACAUCCUGCAGAGGCAGCUGGAGACUCUGGUGUGUGAGGCUCUGCACAAGCAGCAGGGCCACGUGUUCGUGUGCGGGGACGUGCGCAUGGCACGGGAUGUGGCACGGGCACUGCGGGCACUGCUGGCACGGGGACUGCACCUCAGCCCACAGCAGGCAGAGGAGUUCUUCCAGCAGCUCAAGAAUGAAAAGCGAUACCAUGAAGAUAUAUUUGGGGCCGUGUUCCCACAAGAAGGCAAAAGAGAUYUGCAACCCACCAGCUGAAGAACAAAUCCUCUUGCAUUUUAGACAACACUUGCACAUUUAUUCUUAUUUUCAAAAACCAAAGAGUCAGAUCCUUCUAUACAUGUUCAAUCAUGCACGUGUACAGGACUGUAGGAUUUGACUCUUAAACCUCAGCCUUAAUUAACUAAAAUAUUAAAUUUACCUUUUGUUGCUAUUUAUUCUGACGUGCUUUUAAUACAUGAUCUUACUAGUGAAAAUGCAAAUUAUUUUUUUAAUACUGUCUAUGCUAGUAUAAAUCUGGUGUUUUUUGUAAAUACAAGAAAAAGGUAGAGUUUUGUACUAAGUUAACUAGAGCUGAAAUCUUUUUUGAAAUGUACUGUUUGUCACCUUAUUUAUAUCAGAUUGAUUUAUUUGCAUAUAUUCACUUGAAAGCAAGUGAAGGGAUGGUUGUUUCUGGGAGUUGUGUGGCCACGAGCCUGGAUCUGGAGCAGUUUGUAAAUGAUAAUAAUGUGCUGGUCCCAAGUUUAAAUUCCUGCUGCAUCCAUCCCAGAAUAUCUGCUCAACAGGCAGCAGUGGUGAGUUCUGCCUUGUGGCACUCAGGAACAUGAACCUCAGUUGUUCCUAUGGCAGGAAGGUUCCAAAAAUUCCAAAGCACUUUGUACGUUGGGAUUCUAUUCUCUGRUUUACUUGAUUUGUUUGUAAUAAAA